AUGGUGCGGACCAGGGCGGACCAGCGCGGCAGCGCCUUCCGCAAGGUAUUGGGCGCCCGCGCUCCCCGGAAGGCGCUGGGCCCCGCCAGCCUCAACGCGGGACCGCCGCCGCCCGCCAGGAAAGGUGACCGGCGCCCCGUGGGGCUGAACUCGGUGUGUGUGCGGCCGGUCCCCGCUUGGCAGAGAAGCAUCAGCGAGUUCCUGCAGCUCCCGCCCAAGGAGAACCGGGCGCCCGACGGAGCCAUGCCCGGGAGCAGCGGCCUAGGAGCUCGGACCCUGCCACCAGAUCCUGCCGAAGAUGGAGAGUCCUCUGAGGAGGAGUAGACAUGAUCUGACCUCAGUUUUCGUGAUAAACUGCUCCUCCUAUUUGAGCUGGUUUUUGGACACUUUUAUAGUUUUUUAUAAUUUGUUAUGGCUUACCUUCAGCUGUUGUACAGGACUAAAAGUCUGAGAGACAGCAGGAACACUGUGGAAAAAUUAAUUAAUUUAUACAUUUUGGCACUUAGCAUUCAGUGUAAAUCAUUGGUUAAUUUUUUAUCUGGGUUUCCUUGAGUUCCUCGGUGCUUCCUGCAUGUCAGGCAGCUUUUAUCUUUCAUCUUCCGAUUGCCUUGUGCUUGUCCAGGACUUGCAUGGACCUUGGUUCUGUUUUUAGAAAGCAGAUACUUGUUUUUUUUUUCAUACACUGAAGCCUUCUGAGCACACAC